UAGGAUAGUUUCACCAGCCAGCAGAACUUCCAUGAUUAUGAACCAGCUAGAUUGCCGCUAUGCGUUAGGCCUGAGUGAGUGGGGCAUUCCGAAGUGAACUGGCUAGACCUAGGCCUAACUAGUGAUGGUAGUAGCAGGUAGUAGUAUUUUUGGGUACUACCAGCAACAAAAAAUUCUUAUAUAUUGUGAGUAUCACACACGCAAGCACACUGGGCUAUUGAGUUGUAUACUUUGUAGGCUAAUGUGACCUUAGUGAAUAAGAAAAAUACCAAUUUAUACUUGGGACUCACAAAGUAUUUGAGAAUUGGAGCAAGACGAAGAGAAGCACAUGUGAAGGGGAAAAAAUGGUUCAAGUUUACUCCUGCCAUCAUUUCAGCUCUCAGGAAGUGUUCACUUCACAGUACGAGCCCAUAGCAACGUGCUCGUCCACAAAUUUAGUCUUUGUUGCCACAUCUCGACAGACGGUUGAAACGCAUGACAUGACAAAAAGAGGCUGCCCUCUGUUGUGCACAUUUAGCACAGUUGGAGUUGUCCUAGAUCUGGCUUAUAGUGAAAAAGGUAACUUUGUUGCGGCUUUAGAAAGUAAAAGUUUAAAACAUCGGUCAGUGACAUCAGCAAGAGUGUAUAUGAAUUGGGCCAAGAGUGCACCAGGGCAACCAGGUCGUGUCCGCGUUGCAGGCCACAGUAUACCCAGUAAGAAACUCACUUCAAAAGGCUGCCAGUUUGAGGUGAUUGAAAUUCCAACGUUCAACUCACCUACCUCUAUAAAAUGCUGUAGCCUGACUGGAAACAUUGUUAUUGGUGUGGACACCUGUGUCUGCCUGUUCCAUUUCCAGGAACUGGGGAAUGACACAGUUAUCUAUGACUUUGAGCGUCUUAUGAAUAUUGAUGUCGGAUUUACUGUGAUUGAUACAACAAUCUGUUGUAAUUAUUUAUCUUGCAUCUCGCAAAGUGAACUCCAAAUCUUUAAAUUAAAUUUCACUUCAGAAAAAAAGAGCAAAUUAGACAAUUUAAAAAAUGAGGAUGGAGAGAAGGAGUUUACCAGCAUUAAGAUGGUUCAAGAACAGAGAGAGAAAUCUUUUUUUGUUGAGGAUGAAUAUUUUGUGAGCUGGUCUUUUAAUGAGCUAGAAAACAACUCAUAUUUGCAGGAGUCUUGUGAGCAGAACCCAGACUUUGAGACCUUGCUGGCAGCAGUCAAAUUAGAAAAUUUAUCAGCAAAUAAAACGUGUUUAAUGCCUAGUGUCCAACAAGAAGAGGUGUUUAUUGACAAGUCAUAUGACUCAGUUGAGGUGCUGGGGCCAUUGAGGAAAGUCAAAGGUCACCCUAUAAAGAUUGAUUUAGCUGGAAAUUUAAGUUUAGGUGAUUAUAAAAAUGUUGUCUUGACAACUCUUAUAUAUCGUCGUUUUGAAACAACAUUGAAUGAUGAGGGCGCCCUACAUUCACUUCAAUUUUGUUCAACUAUUUCUCCAAGAGGAACUCUAAAGUUCGACUGCGGCCUCCUAGGCUCCAACAUACAGCUUGCUGGACUAUGCUGCUUCGUUUCGACACAAACCACAGGCAUACUGUAUGAAAUACAUCCGCAAAUUAGACUCCUUGCCUUGUAUCCUUACACAGCGGAAUCAAGCCUGGCUGUAAUUGGCAGGGACUUGCUCCAUGCAGUAACAAAGAACGGCUUAGAGACAUACACAACACGAUCAUUUGCUGCCGCCCUUCUGAAUAGUGAGACGGUAAAUCAUAAAGAAAAUACCUGUCCACCUGCAACACAAGAGCCCAGCCUGAUUGGCCUUCGACCUUUCAUUGGCAUAUUUGCCAUGGCAAUAGCUGAGAACCAUCUUAUCAUGUUAUCAAAGGAUUUGCAGUCCAGCGGUGAAGGGAGUUGGGGAACUUAUGUUUUGAAGGAUGCCCUUAUUGUUGACCUCUACAAUGACAUCAUUGACUUAGCCAACAGGUUCCAGACUGGCAACGUCUGUGCCUACUUAUUCUUGUUAGAGGAAGCCCACUUGGUGCUGAGAUCAUUCAUGUUUCAUACCAGUGGUCAAGAAAACUUUGAAAUGAUUGACCAGUACAAGGAGACAUGCAGGUUACUAGGGGAUCACUAUGCGGGGUCAGAUGCUGAGUCUCCUCAUUUAGCGUUACCGUACUACAACAUGUCCCAAAAGAAAUUGUCCACGAUUAUAAAAGAUCAACAUGAGAAACAAUGCAAACAAAAGGAUAGAUCUCUUGUGAGUGGUAGAGGUUUACUAGAUUACCUUGACUACCAUCUUUUUGACCAGUCAGCCAUUGUGUCUCUUGAUGAAUGCACUGCAGCAAUGGUCCUUACCAUGUAUGUCAAUAUUCAACCAGAGAGGCUUUCAAAUGUCAUCCUGGAGUCUAAACUUGUUGGUUACUCUCUUGAGGGCGCUCUGCAGUUUUUAGAAGAUUUGAAAACAUUGAAACGGAAAGAUGGAUCUUAUUAUAUACCAACGGUUUUAGACUCCAUCUGCCAGGCAGUGAUUCAGCUUAAACUUUGUGAGCCAGACCAGGCUAGGUUCUUAUUAAAUCCCCUUUCAGACGAAGACGUCACCAAAGUGUUUGUUCAGAGACCAUGGCUGCUUAUUGAUGACAAUAAAUUCUCUUCUCUUGCACAGUUGAUGAGACAACAUAAUUCCAAACUUUUCGUAGAGGUUCUUAUUGCAUUGCAUGACAACAGCUCUGUUGGGUUGGAGACAGCUUUACAGCUCUUUGAGGCCUGUUCAACAUACAUAAAUCCUAGCAAUACACAUUUGAGGGACUACCUGGAAGUCAUUUUGAAUGCAAGCCACAGGAAAAGCUCUUACAAAACAGCUGCUAAUCUACUUGCUGAAAUUUAUAUUCAAAGGUUGAAUGCAUGGAAGCCGGCACAAUCAAGGGUGGUGAAGGGAAGGGGACAUGUCCAUGUGGAUGUUAGUGGAUAUUUUGGCAGUCGCUAUGGUUGGUUAGAUGAUGUUCUACCUUUUGCAGGUAAAGAGGCCCUCAGAAAGCCCUGCUCUAUGGUAAUGCGCAUACUUGAUGCUGGGAACAGGAAGCCUAGCCGACAGAUGUCCAAGAAACUUGAAUUUGGGGCUAAUAAGGAAUGCCACUGCUGCUGCUGCUAUCAAGAUCUCAUCAAAGCUCAGUCUCUUUUAUGUACAAAAUCCUCUGAUGGAGGUCCCCAUAAGCUGAUACUAGAAGCAUGUAAUGGAGCUGAUUUCAUAGGCUCGGAAUCAUUGAAACUGCUGUGUCUAGCAAGGCUCAACCCAGGCCUAGCAGCUAAUUUCAUGCUGGACAAGUACCCACAUUUAUUAGUCGUAUUCGUGAAAGAUGUUUUCGGCUCUGAUGAGAAUCUUUGGAAAAGUUUUCUUGAGAUAUUAUUUAAAAAAAUAAGAAAAUCAAAAUUGGACAGGGAUAGUAAAGAAAAUUUGAAGAUGUAUUCUGAUAUACUAAAAGGUGUGUUGGAUUUGGCAGUAUCCUCUCUGAAUCAUACCGUCUUCAUCAGUGUGCUACCAAAUGAUGGCGCUCUUUCAUUCUUCCUUCCGUACAUUGAGAGAUGCUGCUACAGACUGGAGGCAAGCAAGCUUAGAAGUAGCAUCGCUGCAGAUCUUAUCGCCAAAACAGAAAUGAUCUGAGCAUCAUCUGCUGUAGUUUGUCUAUUUUGCAGCCAUUUUUGUGCCGAUAUACACAAUUGUUUUUAAGCCUCACCCAGAGAACACUCUAUUGCUGUACUGCACCAGAAAAACUUUUCAUUUCAGUUCUUACUUCCAUAGUUCAUAGUCAGUGACCUUUGCAUGAUAGAUACAUUCACCAUGUCAAGUACAUUUUUUUUAAUACAUAGUUUCAUGAAAAAUUUGCCAAUGAAAUACAGUUUGAGUUUUAUUCAUUAAAGUGUUCCAUUGAACACUUAGGCUGUUUCCGCAGCACUUAUUACCCGACAAAUUAUCGAAAGCAGCCAUUUUAUUAUUUUUUGCUGCGGAAACAGGGCCCAAAGUUUCCGAUAAAUUAUAGGAUGAGAAUCAGAUAAUUUAUCAGAAAGGGAUCCAAAUGUGAAAAAAAAACAAAACAAAGCUUUGACCGAGGGUACAGUAUAUACAAAGUAUCAAAAACUUUAUAAUAAAAAGUGAAUACAUUUUUUGGGCUUAUUAAAUAUGAGGGAAAAAUUAAUUUCAUUAUUUGUAAAACUGAAAUAGUUACUGGUCUGAGCCAGAAGUCUGUGAAAUCAGCGUAUCACAAGCGUUCAGUCAAACUUUUUCAGAACAUUUAAGAGGGCGACACUCACCCUUUGUACACCGAGAUAGGCUCAAGGAAUUUGUGCAUUUAAUAAUGCUUUAAAUUGAUAAUUGCAAACAAUAAUAAUUUAAAAAAAAUAUAAAUAAUAUAAAAAAUAUAUGUAAAUAAUAAAGGGAUUAUAUUAAGCUGAUGAUUGGUAUUACUGCAUAUGUUAACUUUCAAUAAUCAUAUUCAUAAUAGACUAUAAGUUGUACUAUAUUAUAAAUUUUUAUAUUGUAAUUGUUGUAUGCUAGCAAUGAAUUUCCCGAACAGAAUUGAUGAAGUUUUUAUAUUAUCUUAUCUUUAUUUUUAAAAAAAAUGAAAUCACUGCA